AUGAUGCUUAGAUUUCUGCAAGGCAUGCGGAACUUGUCUGUGCGGCGAGUGAAUGGCAGCGGAGGUCAGGUGUUCCAGGCCAUUCUUGUGGCAGAGUCCGAAGGACUUUGUAGAUUUGGAGCAGGAGUCCCUGUAUUCCCACUUUGGUGUGGGUUUUGGUCCACGACCAAGCGUGUUCUGACUUUCCCCCCUGGUCGUUGGAAAUGCAGGGAGUCGUGGCUUUCGUGUGUUCACGGAGCAGGCAGCAUGGCCUACGUCGGAAACCGACGAGCCGGCACGAGACGCUCGAAAGGACUGUGGUGCUGGCGGGUAGUUUCACAGCAUAGGGAGGCAACCAGUUUGAUUUCCUCGACACGUGAUGCCGAAUAG